UCCUCCAACAGUGAAAACAGAAAACCGAACCGGUCAUGGUGGUAACGAUCGUGCAGCGCACUUGCGUUUCUGAAUUUUCCCAGUGAUAUCGCAAUAAUCACAUUUAUCAUUUAGCAAACAACGUGUCAGCCGCCGGUUUCAAUAAAAAUGGGCGCCUAUUUAUCCGAACCGAUAACCGAAAAAGUGUCCAGCGAUCAGGCGGGCAAAAAUAUUGCGUACGGCGCGAGUUCAAUGCAAGGCUGGCGAAUUAGUCAAGAGGAUGCUCAUAAUGCGUGCCUUGAAUUCGACGAAGAUGUUUCACUAUUUGCCGUGUACGAUGGACACGGAGGUCAUGAAGUGGCCGCCUAUUGCGCUCGAAAUCUACCAGAUUUCAUCAAAAAUACUGAAGCCUAUAAAAAUGGUGAUAUUAAGCAAGCUCUCAUUGAUGCAUUUUUAGGUUUCGAUGCUACUCUCGUUACACCGGAAGUGAUUGAUAUAUUGAAAAAAAUAGCCGGUACAAAGGAUCCAGACAAGAAAAAAGAUGAUCAAGACGAAUCUGAUGAAGAGGAAAAUAUCAACAGUCUUUGUAUGGAGGCAGCAAUGCCAUUGGAACAAGUAAUGGCGAAAUAUCAAUCCGACAGUCAACAUCCACAAUCGAAGAAUGAAAAAAAUGAGAUUAACAAUCGUAUUUAUUCGUCAAGUCCAUAUUUACGAAGUCGAAAGGGUAAAGAAAAAGCGAGUUGUUCGUCGUCUGGUGCUGGUUGUUCAUCAUCGUCGUCAUCAUCAUCGUGGAACACAAAUGAAAGUGAUGUAAGUAGCUCGAGUCAACAAUGUGGUUCAAGUACAAGUUCAACCGAUAGGAAAGAAUGUGAAACUGCAGUCAGCAGUGAAGCGGAACAAGUAUUAGAUUCAACAACAAGUAAUGGUGAAAUUGCCGAAACAUCUGAACGUGUUGCUUCCACACAAGAUACGGAUACAACGAAAUCAUCAUCGGCUGAUAUGCCCGACAGUUCUGAGGAUAUUAAAGAUAAAGUGUCGCCUAGUAAAACAUCACAAGCUGAAUUACAAAGUACAAAUGAUACGGAAAUUAAUGGUGGUGAUGGAAGCGGUGGCAGUGGUUCAAAAGACAAUUUUGAUAAUGCUGAUAGCAGUAAUAAAAGCGGCAUUGACAGUGCAAUCAGCAGCUCUUGUACACCAGUGGAAAAUGGCGAGACGGAGGAACAAGCUAAAAUAAGUAGCAGUAACACUCGGAAAAGACCGAGUGCAAUUGAACUUUAUAAAAGUUUAUUACAGGAAGAUGCUGCACGAAGAAUGGAGAAUCAAGAUGAGGAAGAUGACGAUGAAGACGACGACGACGAUGAGGAGGAUGACGAGUCUUUUGUUGGAAAUCGAAAAAAGAAAAAUAUACUUAAACAAUUCGAUGAAAUGGAUGACAGCGACGAUGACGACGAUGAGGAUGACGAGGAGGAGGAGGAAGACGAAGAUGAUGAGGAUGAUGAAGACGACGAGGACGAGGAUGAGGACGAUGAUAUAAACAUGAAUAUGACCGAAGAGCCUGGAUCAGACAGUGGUUGUACAGCUGUGGUGGCCUUACUCAAAGGUAAUGAUUUAUAUGUGGCAAAUGCGGGAGAUUCGAGGUGUGUCUUGUGCCGUGAUGGCGAAGCAGUUGAACUCAGCUUCGAUCAUAAACCGGAAGAUCAACCGGAAAUGGAUCGAAUAAUAAAAGCAGGUGGCAAAGUAACUGCCGAUGGACGAGUGAAUGGUGGACUCAAUUUAUCCCGAGCAAUUGGCGAUCAUGCAUAUAAACAAAAUACUGAAUUAUCAGCUCAGGAACAAAUGAUUUCGGCACUCCCUGAUAUUAGGCAUAUGACAAUUGAUUUGGAAAAAGAUGAAUUCAUGGUACUUGCUUGCGAUGGAAUUUGGAAUUUCAUGACAAGUCAAGAUGUCAUUCAAUUUGUACAGACACGUCUCAAGAAAGGAUGUCAAAAUGUUUCCAAAAUUUGCGAAGAGCUUUUUGAUCAUUGUCUCGCACCAAACACAUUUGGCGAUGGAACAGGUUGCGACAACAUGACAGCGGUGAUUGUUCUAUUUAAAUCAUCAUUACCAGUAAACGAUGUGAGCAAUUCAACAAGCGAACAACCAGUGACCACGAAGAAAAGGCCCGUUACACCCGGUUCACCAGAAGCCAACAAGGAUUGUGCGACGCAUGACACUGUGAUAGAUGAAUGCAAGCGUCAAAAAACUGAAGCUGUCUGAGAAAAAAAAACGAAAAAAAGAAAAGAAAGAAAAUGUCUCGAAUUUGAAGAGAAAAAAAAAACAAAAAAUAAUUGACCUACUGAUGUUUUUCAAGUGAAUAUAUGAAUUUUUUUUUUUUUUUUUUUUUUUGUUUUAAAUUACGUACAACUUUUGCAUAUGAUACAGUAACUAUAUUUAAAAAAAAAGAAAAAAAAACAUCUUGUAGUUACGCAAAAAUAGUGCAUGAUUUUUUUUUUUAUAAAAGCACUCGAUAGACUGAUUUAUUGGAACGAACGUGAAGUGAUAAGAGUUUUUUUUUCAAAAACUUGGAUAAAAAAAAACCGAACGAAUCCAGUUAUAAUCAUGAUAUUAUCGAAUUCUUAUACGGAAUUCAAAUUUUUUUUUUAAAUCAAAUUUUUUACAAUUUUUAAUACUUUUUUUCAAAAAAAAAAAAAAAUUUUCUUAAAUUUGUAUUUUUCUUCAUUUACGUGAAUUUUAUCACAUUUAUGUAUUUUAUUUCAUAAUUUGUGAAUUAUUUAUUCAUGUGCAUGAAUUUUUCUUUUUUUUCAUUAAUUUUUUUUCCGUGCAUUAAUUGUCUUUGUAUAGUUUAAAAAUUUUUUUUUAAUGUAAUUUAUUCAUAACAACAAAUCUGUUUUUUUGUAAUUCAUGUAAUAAUAAUAAUAAUAAUAAUAAUUCUAAUAAUAAUAAUAAUUAUAAUAAUAAUGACUGAGACAAAAUAUUGACUGGAUUGUGAUGAUCAUAUGAAGAAACAAAAAAAAAAAAAAAAAAAAAAAAAAAAGUAAUUGUUAUAACGACGAAAACUUAAUGUAAACAAAAUACCAUUUAUUUUUUUGGUUUAACUUUGAUUUCAGUGGAGGACACCUUUAUGUAUUUGUAGAUGAUAAGUAAGAGUUAAGCAUACAUUUAAAAUACGGCAAAGUUAAGGCAACAAAUUAGCGGCAAAACUAUCAACUGUAUAAUUUAUUGUUUUAUUCACAUCGACGUCAUAACACUAGAUUUUAAAUAAUAAUAAUAACUAUUUAUCGUUCCGGUGGUUAAAUAAAUUUAUUUUUUUUUUCAUUGGUUAUGGAAAUAAUAUUUCGGAGAGAAAAAAAAGAAAACAACAGCACAAAAAAAGCUCGUUCAGUAAUAAUCUUAACAUUUCACAAUUUUUGUAUUUUGCAUUUAUAUAGUUCCCUAGAUAUUCUCAUCACUAUUGUUAAUUUUAGCAUAUUUUUUUUUUAAUUUUUUUUUUUGUAAUUUCACUAUCAUUCCCAAAGCGUGAUUUUUUUUAUAUUAUAACAAUAUAUUUUUUUUUUCUCAAAAAAGGCAAGCACAAUUAAAAUCGUGUAAAAAAAGGAGAUUUUUUUUUUUUAUUGAAUUAAUCGUGAAAUUUACGAUUAUUUUAUUACCAGACUUCUUUUUUUUUUGUGUAAUGUACUCUUGUUUUUUUUUUUUUAAGGUACAUUAAAUGUGCGAUUGUACAUAUUUCUAAACAUAAGCUGUAAGAUUUAUAAUAUUUGUAAUCCAAUACAAACGAUUAAUUUCUUAUUUUCUUUUUUUGAAUAAAGUUUAUUUUUCAAUCCCUAGUUACGGUUUUAUAUAUAUAAAAAAAAUGAAAUAAUUUAAAUAUAAUCAUUUAAAAAGAGAGAAAAAAAACAGAAUAAAAUGCUCCUCUGGCUUUGAUUAAUUUUUUAUGUCUAAUUCACCGAGUCUUUAAGGAUAACUACGAAUAGUUGUACUAAGCACGCAAUACCAAAGUGACGAUUUCAGUUUUUUUAUGCAUAAAGAAAAUAUGGAAAUUCGACUUCUUAAAAAACAGGAAUAUAUUAUUAUUAUUGACCGAUGUGACGAGCUCUAAUGUAGAACACAUUAGGUUUUUGCUAGACAGUAGUAAUUUAUUGUACACCGAACUUUUAUAUAUAAACAUUGAUUACUGUGAAACUAUAGUUAUGUAACAAUAUAUAAUUAUAGUUCUAUAAAGAAAUAUACGCUGAGAAAAAAAUUAAUAUUUCCAAAUAAUCCUUGAUUUUUAACUUAAUAUUAAUUUAAACCAAAUUUAUCAAUGUUUGAAAUUAAAUUCACUGGCGUUAUAAUAAUUAUUUAAUCUAUUUUUAGUAAAAAUUAAAAAAAAUUUUUUUGGUUUAAAUAAAUAUUGGAUAAGUCAACGAAUUGAAUGAAAAAAUUUUUAUUCAAGUGCAUAGUUUUUUUUUUUUUUUUUGAAAAUAUAAAUACAAUUAUUAUUGUUAUGUAACUAUAAUAUUUACAGUAUUCAAGAAACUUUUCGAUUGCUUCUUAAUUUGUAUAGCUAUAUGUCGGUAUACAUAAAUAUAUAUGACUAUACAUGCAAAAAAAACAACCAAAAAAAAAAAUGUAAUGAGUUAUGUCGGAAAGGAAAAUUUUGCGGAAAAAAAAAUUUGUAAAUAAAAAUUGAAGCAGUCUGAAAAGUAUUAUUGACUCAUAUAUUUACAGUGUAAAACAAUUAUAUAGAAUCAGACAGAAAAUUAAAUUAACUCAUGUGCCUUUCAUGUUCAGGGGUCGACAGUCUCCAAUAAUUUUUGUGUACAUUAGAUGCUGUCUCAUUUCAUGGAGAUUAUAUAAUUAUGUCUUCACCCGAAAAACACUUCGAUACUAUAUAUUAAUUAUAGAUGCAAAAUUUCUUGAUCAAACCUAUGUACAAUAUGCAUAUAUCCGUUUCGUAAUACAUGUAUGUACCAUGAAGACAAAGUAUAAUAUGUCUUUUUUUUA